AUGGCGACACCGGAAAAUGGCAAUUCAACACCACAGCGAAACGAAACUUACAGUUACGGAUCCAAUAUUAGACAUGACACGGGUGCUGUUCCAAUAAAAAAACGAGGAAAACGCGCCAAAGCUGCUUCAAUAAUUAUUUCUGCAUCGGCCGCGAUUGCAACUGUGUCUUUCUUGAUCGUAGCCGAGGAAGGUAAAGAGAAAUUUUAUUUAUGGCUCUUUCCUUCCCUACUAGGAUUAUUCAGUGUGUUCGCUGGUGCUUUGGUCAGCCGUAUGUGUCUUUUAUUUGAAGAAUGUCGCCAUAUUAGCAGUCGUCAUAAUGGCAGUAAAAUGAAGAUGUUCAAAUUCUGUUUCAAAGGAAUUGAUUAUGGAGCAAUUGGUGCAUGUAUGGGUUUAAUCAUUAUGGUGCUUGCUGGAUUUAUGAUUGGCGGUCUAGUUGAGUUGGAUUACAAACACGGCGCUAUCUUGUGUAGUGGUGUAGGAAUUGGACCACUUAUCUUACAAGUUCUUAAGCUUGACACUCUUUCCGCUGUUCAUAUUGAAACUAUUCUGGAAGAUCAACAGACGUAUGUGGCUAAUGUUCUAGCAUGGCAUUACUAUUAUAACUACCUCAAAGAGACGCUGCCAGAAAUACCAGACUUGAUUAAGGAAGCUGGGUUGCAAAACCAUCUCUCUACAAUGAAAUUAAUUAUUCUGAUUCCACUAGAUUGUGACACCGCGGUUGAAAUUUCCACGGUGGAUCCAAAUCAUUUCACAAAAAAGGGAUCUCUGAGAUUAAAGAAACAGCCUAAUAUUAAGCUGCAUGUGUACGAAGUUAAGUCUUCUAGUGGAAAAGAAUAUACUCUUGUGAUGCAACUUGCUAAAAUACCGUUGGACACAUUGGAUUAUAUGAGCAAGCACGCCGACAUCCUUUCAGUUCACAAAAAAUCGCGCCAACGCGAAAUCAAAUUAUUCUACCAGACACUUAAUGAUAUUUUGGCGGAUUGCGAGAAAGAUUGUAGACAUAGAUGCUUGCUCGUAACUUAUCACACGAAAAAAGGCCGUGAUGGCACAUUAGCAAACGAAAUAGUGCGACUAGUGAAUAGCGAAACUUUCUCCCAUGCUGAGGAUGAUGUGUUUGAUGAAAAUAGUUAUGCAGCUACCAGCACAACCCAUAAAGGUAGCACGUCUACCAGAGAUGAAAAUACCGCCCACGAAAAUACAGAUCAUGAAAGUACCAAAUGUGAUCUUACCGACGACAUGGCAACAUCUGGAAACGAUUCAUCGCUUGAAACAUUUCCCCUAUUUAAUAUAGGGAAAUCUCCGGGCUCCGGGAUUAAUUAGCAUAUCUCG